AUGCUCCGGUUCGGCUGCCACCAGCUCGUCAUCGACCGCAUCGACCCGCUCGUCAACCCAGGGUCCAUCCCGUCGCAGCACCAGCACCAAAUCGUCGGCGGCGACGCCUUCAACGCCUCAAUGCCCCUGUCCGACAUCAGCGCCUUGUCAACCUGCACCUCGUGCAGCUACAGCGACGACUUCUCCAACUACUGGACGUCCAACCUGUAUUUCCGCGCGCGCAACGGCACGUACAAGCGUGUCCCGCACAAACCCAACAAAGGGAGCGCGCCGCCGGUGUUCGAGGACCCGUUCACGCCCCGCACCAACGGCGGGCUGGUCGCAUACUACGUGUCGCCCGGCAAGGGCGAAGUGACCGCCUUUGCGCCGGGUUUCCGCAUGUUCUUCGGCGACGCCAUGCUGCGGUCCGAGCCGCAGGGGCCGUGGAACCUGUCCACCCAGACAUGUUUCCGCUGCUUCACGGGGCCCGAUUUCGGGGGUGAUUUCCUCCGGCCGUGCCAAGAUCCCCUCGUGGACACCAUGUACCUGCCCAACAAGCCUUGCUACGGCAUCCGGUCUAAUAUUCUUUUCCCGACGUGCUGGGACGGCGUGAACCUUGACAGCCCCGAUCACAAGUCGCACGUCGCGUACCCCGUUGAGGGGCCGCACAUCUUUGACGGUAUCGGCACGGCGGAGCAGUGCCCGCCUUCCCACCCGGUCAAGAUCCCCCAGCUGAUGCUGGAGAUUAUCUGGGACACGGAGCCGUUCAAUGACCCGAAUGAGUGGCCCGAGGACGGGUCACAGCCUUUUGUUCUGAGCACGGGAGACGCGACUGGGUAUAGCCAGCACGCGGACUACAUCUUUGGGUGGAAGGGGGAUUCGCUGCAGGUGGGUAUGGAUGCUGGCUGCGUUGCCGCGAACUGUCCCGGCAUGGCAACACAGACGGUGGAGGAAGCGGCGCUGUGCAAGGUGCCUGAGCUGGUUGGAGAGAACUACGAGGGCUGGCUGGAAACGCUCCCCGGAAAUCCGCCGCAGCCUCCUGUCACUACUACUUCCAACCAGCAGCCUCUUCCAACGGGUAAGGGCAAGGGCAAAGGCAACGGCAAAGGCAAGGGAGGACAUUGA